UGCAUCUUGGUGGCGGCUGGAGUCCCGCAGGACGGACUUGCACGCUCUUCCCUUUCGGACAGUGCUGACCGGAUGGCGCUGACGCCAAAGGUGCUUUCAAAGCGUGCUAGAGUACGAUAUCUGCAGAUCCACCACCUCCCGAUCAGCCUCAUCACGGUGCAUCUCUGGCAGCAUAAGACGCAUGGCCGUCCGCCCUGCUCAACGUGCUUCGGCUAGCAGCAUUUGUCCAUUCUGCAAUUUGCCUCGAGCAGCUCAAUUGGCAGCCUACAGAAGCUUUCAAAAUGGUCAAGAUCUUCCGCACACCGCUCGCAAUGGCUGCGCUGGCCUGGAGUUGUUACCAUGGCGCGACCACAGCUGAAGAUCUGUGCUCCAUCGCUCCGUCCUCCUACUCGGGAGCCAAGACGACGUAUCCGCAGCUCGCGACUGCACUGGAGACGAUGGAGCAGUAUUCCAUUGCUGCCUGGUACACGGAUCGACUGUCCGACUCGGACAGGUCUACUAUGCUGUCCAGCCUCACAAGCCAGUGUUCCGAAGACUCUCGAAUGACGAUCGCAGUGUACGGCAUUCCGGACAAGGAUUGCAAUGCUGGACUCUCGUCGUCCGGAACGGUGCAGAGCACCAGUGACUACGAGUCAUUCCUCUCGCAGCUCACCACCGCGGUGGGUGAUCGCAAAGUGCUCUACGUUGUAGAGCCCGACGCCGUGGGCCUACUCGCUAACGGAGGUUGCGGUGAAUCGGCAGGUUACCUCGAUAACCUAAAGAUCGCUGUUGCAGCUCUGUCCGCGAACGCGAACGCGGAGUUAUACGUUGACGUCGGCUACUGGCUGCUUGCCGACUCGACGAACGCUGCGGCGGUAGCUACUAUCGUCAACGAGUUAAGCGCCUCGGGAACGCUCAAAGGCAUCACUAUUAACACGUCGAACUACCGCUCCAACGAUGAAUGCACCACGUACUGCAACAACUUUCAAACGGCAAUGGGAUCAAGUACUAUGACGUGUAUCAUUGAUACCAGUAGAAACUACAAUGGCUCGCCUACAAGUGACUGGUGCAACGUCAAGACAGCCGGAAUCGGCAAGCCGCCUACAUCGGAGACGGGUAUCUCGAAUAUCGACUAUUUCAUGUGGAUUAAGCCGCCUGGAGAGAGCGACGGUAUCUGCACGGACACGUCGUACUCGGACGAAUCGCUGACCGGUGUGACGGCCGGUACCUUCUACGAGGAAGGCUUCCAAAUGCUCUGGGAUCAAGGAUACUUUGUCAACGAGCAGGGCAUGGCCACGAUUUCUGGUAGCAGCAACAGCAGUACGAGUCAAACAAGCAGCCAAACAGGCACACAAACAACCAGCCAGACCGGCACCCAGACGGCCACUCAGACGGCGGGAAGCAACGCGGACCAAACCUCGUCGGUUGCUCAGGAUUAUGACAGCACUACCCAAUCUGCUGCAGGCACGGUUGCUCCGGCGGACAAUGGCUCGUACCUAAGUACUACAACUCCAGUUGCUACGACCGCGACUCCGGCCGUGACUCCGACCCCCACACCAACUGCCACGACAGCGAUACCUACUGCGACUAGCUCUACCGGCUCGAACACCUCGCAGACCAGCUCGUGCAAAGUCAAAAGGCGCAUGCGCAAGUUGUAGGUAGUGGGUGCGUGUUCCGUGCGCGAUUUGUGUGGGUAUCUACAUGUAAUACUUGUUUAGUCUCGUAAAUACAAUUCUAGAUCUACCUGGUGUUGAAGAUCCUCAUCCUGA